AUGUCAGUAGCUGAGGACAUUGCCAUCGUUGGAUAUUCAUUCAAACUACCACAGGAUAUCAAUGAUGAUAUCUCAUUCUGGGAUGUUCUCAAGAAUCGACGAAAUUUAAGAACUGACUGGCCAGCUUCGCGCGCCAAUUCGGACUCAUUUCUGAAAAACAAAACCAUUAAAUUUCCCGCUCAUGGUGGGCACUUUCUCAAUGAAGAUGUCGGCGCAUUCGAUGCCCCGUUUUUCUCAGUCACGGCCCAAGAGGCGGCUUCAAUGGAUCCGAUGCAACGGUGGACAUUGGAGGAAUCAUACCGAGCAUUUGAAAAUGCUGGAAUUCCUAUCGAAACACUGAGAGGCUCCCGAACUGCCGUAUUUUCUGCUUCAAUGUUGGAAGAUAACGCGCGAAUGGUUGCCAUGGAUGCUGAAAAUACGGAACGGACUGCAGCCACAGGGCAUUCUGUUGCAUGCGUCAUUCCCAAUCGCGUGAGCUGGUAUUUUGACCUUCGCGGACCCAGCAUUCACGUCAAUACCGCCUGCUCUGGUAGCUUGUCGGCUAUUGACAUGGCUUGCAAGAACAUGCAAAGCGGUGAUUCCACUUGUGCUCUUGUGACUGGAUCCAACUUGCUUCUUGACCCAUCUAUCUUCCAGAUGCUUUCAGCCCAAGGCUUUCUUUCUCCGGACAGCUUAUGCUAUAGUUUUGACCACCGUGCAAAUGGAUACGCUAGAGGAGAGGGAACUUUGGCCUUGAUUCUCAAGCCUGUCUCUGCUGCGAUCCAAAACGGCGACAUGAUUCGAGCCGUUAUUCGUGCCUCGGGAUCAAACCAAGAUGGCCAUACCCCAGUACUGACACAGCCAAGUCCUCAAUCACAGGAAGAGUUGAUUCGUCAUGUUUACAAGCGCGCCGGUCUUUCUUUUGACGAAACACGGUAUGUGGAGGCACACGGCACGGGAACACCAGUGGGUGACCCCAUUGAGAUGAAAGCCAUUGGUCGGGUCUUCCGAAAAACCCGCUCUUCUGAAGAGCCUCUUUAUGUCGGUUCUGUGAAAGCCAACAUUGGUCACCUUGAGGGAGCAAGUGCCUUGGCAAGCUUGGUCAAAUCAAUUUUAAUCUUGGAGAAAGGGAUUAUCCCGCCCAAUGCUCUCUUCGAGAAGAUAAAUCCAACCAUCGAUGUUGAUUAUUACAACAUCAAGAUCCCAAUUGAGAAUACCCCUUGGCCAACUCCAGGUCUUCGUCGGAUAUCCGUCAAUUCUUUUGGCUUUGGAGGCUCUAAUACCCAUGUUGUUCUCGACGAUGCCCUUCAUUACAUGCAAGAGCGUGAAAUUAAGGGUAAUCAUUGUACAGCUUUCGCUCCUGGCUCCUCUACAAACGCGCAUCCAUCCCACAGUGGUCAGGACAUGUUCGUUCUUUUGGAUAGAAACGGUGCUGAUAAUGGAUCAACAUCCCCAAUCAGAGAGAAUAGCCCAGUCUCACCUUCCCAAAAAGUCACGACCCGUCUCCUGGUAUGGUCUGCUGCGGAUCAGAAGGCAUUGGAUCGCACAAUGGAAGGCUAUGAAAUUUAUUACAAAAAUAAUCGGACAGAUGGCCUGACCAAGCUCGAUCAACUGGCUUUCACUCUAUCCACGAGACGGAGUCAGAUGCUAUGGAGAACCUUCUCUGUUGUUAAUCCAGGAAGAGUAAUUGAGGCAGAGAAAAUUUUGUCGCCCGCCAGACCGAUUCGAAGCUCAAUUGAUACGGGCAUUGCGUUCGUAUUCACCGGUCAAGGAGCUCAGUAUGUGAGUAUGGGUUCCGGACUGAUGCAGUAUCCAGUUUUCCUCAGCACCUUGAGAGAAAUCGAUGAUAUUUACAGGAGCCUUGGUUGUGAAUGGUCCAUUUUCGACGAACUUCAUAACAAAGAGCAUAUUGACAAACCCACUUACAGUCAGCCUAUAUCCACAGCUAUUCAGCUCGCAUUGGUUGAGCUGAUGGAAAGCUUUCGUAUCACACCCAAGGCUGUUGUUGGUCAUUCAUCCGGCGAGAUUGCUGCGGCUUAUACAAUUGGCGCUCUCUCUCUAUUUUCGGCAUGUAAAGUUGCAUACUUCAGAGGUCAACUCACCGGAAGGGGAACAAUUGCCCCGGGAGCAAUGCUGUCGAUUAAUCUGGCCGACAAUCAAGUCGCGCAUUAUUUGAAUGGCAUUGACAAUGUCAUAGCUGGGUCUCUCACCGUUGCUUGUAUCAACAGCCCCCUUAAUUGCACAAUUUCAGGCCCUGAACAUGUAAUCGAUGCAGUCAAGGUGCAAGCAGAUCAUGAUGGCAUUUUUGCGCAUAAACUCAAGGCUGGGGUAGCAUACCACUCACCGGCAAUGGAGUCAAUUUCCAAUGAUUAUUUGGCAUUGAUUGGAGAUCUCGAGGGAAUUGACCGUCAAGACCCCAAAGUGACAGCCCUGAUCCCGAUGGUCUCUUCAGUUUCCGGCAAGGCUAUCCGCCCAGCUGACCUGGCCACAGCACAGUACUGGGUAAAUAACUUAGUAUCUCCAGUCCGGUUUGCUGAUGCUAUUCAACGCCUUACCCAGGAAUCAUCCUCGCUGAAGUUUGGCAUGAAAGCCAUUACAGACUUAGUUGAGAUUGGGCCUCACCCUGCGCUGAAAAGACCCGUGAACGAUACAGUUCAACAGGCUCACAAUCGCAAAAAAGAUAUUCGAUAUGAUAACGUUCUCCAUCGGUCUCAAUCAGCGCUGCAAAGCACUCUCGAACUUGUUGGACGAUUAUUCUGCUUCGGCCACAAAGUCUCCCUUUCGGCCGUCAACCAGCAAACAUAUGAUGCACUGCCUCCUUUUCUUGUUGAUCUCCCAAAAUAUCCAUUUGAUCGAUCAAAUCUUUAUUGGGCAGAGUCCCGUAUUAGUCGGGAUUUUAGACUACGAGAGCCCGUAAACGGGGAGACUCUUGGCGUCCGAGUGGCUGAUUGGAAUCCUUUGGAACCCAGGUGGAGGAAUUUCUUGAGUGUGGAAUCUACGCCUUGGAUAGAAGAUCACAAAAUCAGCGACACGGUGCUCUACCCAGCAGCGGGAAUGUUGGUGAUGGCCAUUGAGGCGACCCAACAAAUGAUUCCCGUCGAUCGUACUGUUCGGGGCUACUUGGUGAAGCAAGCUGAAUUUUUAAACCCAAUUAUAGUACCUAAGUCUUGGGAAAAGCGCACCGAAACACAAGUUCGUCUGCGACCAUUGAAAGGGACACCCACGGACAAGGCGUCGUCAUUUGAAGUCACCAUAUUCUCCUAUGCACAUGAGCAUUGGACAGAAUGUUGUACUGUGAUAGUUCAUGUCGAUUAUGGCGGUUUGUUAUCGAACGAAAAAGACGACAUGCUACGACGCCAAUACAAAAAAGCUGUCGAUGACUGCAGCCUGCCGCUUGAUUCGCAGGUUUUAUACCUUGAAGCUGCCGUGCAUGGUCUUCAAUAUGGAGAAACUUUUCAGUUGUUGCAGGAUCUCUAUUGGGAUGGCAAGAACAGUGCUCUGGCACGCGUCGAUGUAUCCAAGAAAAAAUUCGAAACGAGCAGUCUGGUACACCCAGCGGUUUUAGAUCAGGCAUUCCAGGUUCUUCGAGCGAGUGCCGGCCAGCAAAAAGCCGCCAAUAUUCCGGUUCGCCUUCUUAACGCAUGGUUCUCUGCUUCAACUUGGCAGAAUCCGCAAACUCAGAACAUCAGAUGGCUUGGUGUUGCAGAAAGCGUUGCCAAUGGUGAUCAUGUCCUUGUGACUGGAGAGCGAGGCAGCCUUUAUGCGUUUGCCGAUGACGGUUCAAUUUUGUGCCGCAUUCAGCAGGCUAUAAUGGCCACUGUGUCCAAAGAAGAAGAGGAGGAGAACAAAAAGCUGUUAUAUGGCAUUGAGUGGAAGCCGCAACUAAGCCUAGUCAGCCCAGGUCAAUUGUCAUGUUUGUUCCCUCAGAGAUUUAGCGAGGAGGCUGGUUUCGUGGCAAAUUAUACCAAGAUGUGCUCGGUAUUAGAUCUUGUCUGUGUGCGUACAGUGACAAGUAUAAACCGUGCCAUGAUUCCUGAAAGCUUACGCCGCCAUUUUGAGUGGCUUGAGCACCACGUGAAUAGCCUGCAGAAUUCCGAGGCAAUCGAAGCAGGUCACUUCAAUGAUGCCCGAAUCGAAGCUCUUUUAUUUGAGGCUGAAACGGCACUUCCAGCUUGGAAGCUUUACACCGCAUGUGCCCGCAGACUACCAGGAAUUCUAAUGGGACAGAUCGAUCCUCUCGAGGUUGUCUUUAACUCGGAUCUGGCCGAUGUCUUCUACGCAGCUCUCUUCGAGAAUAUCUGUGCAGAUGGCCGGCUUGCCGGAGUUUUGGAUCUGGCUGCUCAUGAAAACCCUGCGUUGAGAAUCCUCGAAAUUGGUGCAGGCACUGGCGGCAUGACCGCGCAGGUUAUCGCGGUUCUAGAGGAGCGUGAGUACCGAACCGGGGCACCAAGCUUUGCGGAAUACCACUAUACCGAUGUUUCGCACGUAUUCUUGGAGCGAGCACGGACUCGUUGGCCCAAUUUGCAAGCUGAGGGCCGCUUGAAAUUUCAAACGUUAGAUAUUGAUAAGGCUAUUGAAACCCAAGGUCUCGAACCGUCUUCCUAUGAUCUGGUGGUUGCUGCCAGUGUGUUGCAUGCCACGCCGGAUCUGGAGAAGACCAUUCGAACUGUUCGCAAAACUUUGAAGCCUGGCGGUCAUCUUAUUCUGCUCGAGGCCAUAAAGCCCGAAGAUGUUGCCACCAACUUCAUGGCUGGGCUGGUCCCUGGCUGGUGGGUAGCCAGUGAGAAAUGGCGGCCGCAUUCCCCAGCUGUAUCCGAGUCUGUGUGGGACCACUGUCUUGGCAACAAUGGUUUCUCGGGCAAUGAUUUGGUUAUCCGAGACUAUCAAAACGAAAAAUGCCAUGUCGUUAGCAUUAUAGUGAGCACAGCUGUGGAAGACAAAUCAGCACCUCAGCAGGCUGAGGUGUCAAACGGCAAACUAGUGCUGGUGAUCGAUCAGAAACAGUCAGGUCAGCAAGUAAUAGACUUGGCAAAUCAAGUCUGUGAGCAUCUUGGUUCUGAAAGAUUCUCUUCGACUGAGAUUUGCUGGUUUUCUGCAGAGCAUCUUAAGAAUCAAUUCGCAAAUUCUACGGGAGAGGACACUGUCAUUUGUCUGGCGGAGGUAAAUAACCCCUUGCUUGCUACGCUGUCUGAGGAUGGUUUCGCAGCUUUGCGGCAAUUAACCAAAAGUGCCUCUAAGCUACUUUGGGUCGCCAUUUCCAGCUUAGACGCAGGGAACAUCGCCGACUACAGCGUUGUUCAAGGUUUUCUGCGCUCGAUUCGUGCUGAGCAGCCAGAUUCUCAUAUUGUGAAUCUCAACAUUGAAGGUGAAGAAGAUACGGCGACAUAUGCAAAGUACAUCGCUACCAUCUUCGAUAAAAGCUUUGUAUCUUCAUCCUCCAAAGAGCUGGAGUAUGUUGUGCGAGAUGGUAUUUUCAUGACAGGUCGUGCAGUUGAGAAUAUGGGCGGGAACAAAAUGCUUCAACCACUUCUCGCGCCACAGCUAGGACAGAGGCCCUGGGCAGAGGUAGGAGCACUGAAGCUCUCUGUGGGCAUUCAAGGGGCCCUUGAAUCGCUUCAAUUUGUGCAAGAUUCCGUAUACGAGACUGCUAUCGGUGCUGAAGAUGUCGAGAUCGAAGCCCAUGCUUGGGGUUUGGAGGAAAGGGACGUUCACAACGUCCUGGGCCAGAAUGGUAACUUCAGUCAUAUUCUCGGGAGCGAUUGUGCAGGUGUAGUGACUCGAGUGGGGCAUCACUGUGACCCAUCCAUUCGACCUGGUGAUUGCGUCUACAUGUCGGCUGUAGGUUGCAUGCGCAAGUAUCCUCGUUCGCCCCAGACAGGAAUCGUGAAAAUACCCGUUCACUUGUCAUUCGAAGAUGCGGUGUCAAUCUUUCACCCGGCUAUGGCAGCCUAUCAUGCUUUAUUCGAUAUUGCAAGACUGAACUCUGAGCACAACAUUCUUAUCCAUUCAGCCGCCAGUAUCGUGGGUCAGGUCGCAAUCCGCCUGGCCCAAAACCAAGGUGCCCGUGUCUAUGCAACUACUGCAUCAUCUCAUGAAAAGCAGCUUCUCGUCAACCAGCUUGGUAUUCCUGCAGAGAGAAUUUUCGACAGCCUUGUCGAUUCCUUCGUCGCCGGUGUGGUGCAUGAGACAGACGGGAAUGGUGUCGAUGUCGUCUUAAAUUUCUUGGAAGGUGAAGAAAUCCUGCGAGCUUCUGUCAGUUGUCUGGCACCCGGUGGUCAGCUUGUUGAGCUCAGCCGUGCCAACGUGGAGAGCAAUGCCGCCUUACCUUUAGGGCUUUUUGCCAGAAAUAUCUCUUUCUCGGCCUUUGAUCUGGGGCAACUUCGUCCCAAAGUGCUGGCCAAGCUACUCAGUGUUGUAGUGAAGAUGGUUGGAGAGGGCGAUAUUCAGCUUCCGGAGUCAAUUUUGACUUAUGAUGUGUCGAGCAUUGUACAAGCAUUCAAUAGGCUUAAGGAGGUGGAACUUGGCCGCGUUGUGAUUAUCCCAAGGCCUAGGGAUGUGGUUCCGCAAUUCAUCAAAGAGCGACCUUUGUGGAAAUUUGAUCCCUUGGCAUCGUACAUGAUUGUUGGAGGAUUUGGUGGCCUUGGCCGAGCAAUCAUGCAAUGGAUGGCUGACAGAGGCGCAAAGAAUUUGAUCAUUCCCUCUCGAACCGGCGCGGCUUCUAAGGCCGCUGCAGAAAUAUUCAAUGAGCUAACAUCUCGUGGCGUUAGGAUAGUAGCUCAUAAGUGCGACGUCUCCUCUUCAACCAGUUUCUCCCAGAUGGUGGUUGAGUGCGCCCAAACCAUGCCACCUAUCAAGGGUUGUAUCAACGCGGCAAUGGUAUUACAGGAUGGCAUCUUCCAGGAGAACAUGAAUUUUGCAAAGUGGGAUUUGACGAUGAAGUCCAAAAUACAGACGUCGCAGAACCUCCAUCAACUGCUUCCUGACAAUCUUGACUUCUUCGUUCUGCUCUCUUCUUUGGCUGGCGUUGUCGGUCAGAUGGGCAGUUCCAAUUACGCAGGUGGUUGUUCGUUCCAAGAUGCCCUGGCGCGUCAUCGCGUAACUCGGGGCGAAAGAGCGGUGUCUAUUGAUAUUGGCUGGAUGCGCAACAUUGGUGUCAUUGCCGAGAAUGAAGCUUAUCAACGCCAACGACAUACAGCCGACGACAUGCGGCCAAUCGAGGGGACAGACCUGUUAGCCUUACUGACCAUGAUCUGUGAUCCGAAUGCGCCCCUGCGAAAGCCAGCCGAUAGCCAGAUCCUGCUUGGGCUGCGCACACCUGCAGAUGAUCUUGUUCAAGGUCGGACCCCGUCUGCUUUGCUUGAUAGGCCUCUUUUGGCAGCUUUCUCAUACCUUCGCAAUUCUGCUGCUUCCAAUAGUCAUGGCAAUGCUGAUAAAUUUACGGUUGCCCCAGCCACGCUGUUCCGACAGUCCACCGACUCGGCUGAGCGUGUUCAAAUUGUGCUCCAUGCCCUUGCAGUCAAGUUGGCGCGUAUUAUGUCAAUCUCGCCAGAAGAUGUCGAGCCGAGCAAGCCACUGUCCAUCUAUGGUGUCGAUUCACUGAUGGCAGUGGACCUGCGAAAUUGGAUUGGCCGGGAGUUCCAUGCCACCGUCGCUGUAUUUGACAUCAUGGGCGGAGCACCACUUGCCAGUAUUGCUGAGUUGGUAGUUGCAAAAAGCAGAAUCGAUGGCUGUUCUUGA